GUGAGUCUGUACAGAGGGCAAAGUUACCCGAUGCCUGAGCAGAGCCGGUUCACAGCAGCAGCAGCAGCAGCAGCAGCAGCAGCAGAGGAGACGCAGGCCUGUGAGAAAAGAGAGUAAUUAAAGCUGCUCUCAGUCAGACUCAGACGACAUGGCUGAGCACAAAGUCGUCCUGUUCAGUUUCUGGGGAGUUGCCGUCUCCUCUCGACCGGAUGCAGUUUUCCACAAGAUGGAGGAGUUGCACAACCUGCCAGGGGAUUUCCUGUGCAGCGUUGCGUUGCGCACGGACAGCGCCAUGAGGCGGGCAGAGAGAGGCGAGAUGACACUCUCUCAGAUGAUACCAGUGUUUGAGGAGGAGUGUAUGAAGGAGGCGCAGGUCAGGGGUGUCACUCUGCCAUCUGAUUGGUCAGUUAGAAGCCUGCUGGAGGCGCUCAGAGCGGCCAUGAUGGACGUCCAACCAGCUGUGCUGAAGACGGCUGCUAGUCUGCGCCGCAGUGGGUUACUCACAGCUGUGCUGGCCAAUCACUGGCUAGAUGACAGCGCAGCUGGAGAUGGUCCAGCCCGCCUUCUCUCUCUGCUGGGGGGGCAUUUUGACCUGGUCCUCCAGUCCUGCCGCUCAGGUCACAGGGUCCCUGAGCCCGCCAUGUUCAGCUCCGCCUUGCAGCAGCUGGGAGUGACAUCACAACAGGCCGUGUGGCUGGAUGCAGAUGAGGAGGGUGUGAAGGCGGCAGAGGCAGCGGGGAUCAAGGCCAUCCUGGUGGGAAGUCUGGACGACGCUCUGGACAAACUGGCUGGUUUUACUGGAGUUCAGGCUGUCAGAGCAGAGAGUUUUGUACCGUCCUGCAGCCCUGAUGAGGUGUCACAUGGAUACGUCACCAUCAGGCCUGGUGUCAGGACUCACUAUGUUGAAAUGGGCUCAGGUCCACCGGUUGUGCUGUGUCACGGCUUCCCUGAGAGCUGGUACUCCUGGAGGCAUCAGAUCCCAGCUGUGGCAGCAGCAGGGUUCAGGGUGUUGGCUCUGGACAUGAAGGGGUAUGGAGAGUCCACAGCGCCCCCAGACAUAGAGGAAUAUUCUCAGGAGCAGCUCUGCAAGGAUUUAAUCACAUUUCUUGACAAAAUGUCCAUCCCACAGGUCACCCUGGUGGGUCAUGACUGGGGCGGCGCCCUGGUCUGGAACAUGGCUCAGUAUUUCCCUGAGAGAGUCAGGGCUGUGGCGUCUCUGAACACUCCGCUGUUCCCAGCCGAUCCCUCUGCUCCUCCUGGUGAGAAACUGAAGGCUCUUCCCAUAUUUGACUACCAGCUCUACUUCCAGAAGCCAGGCGUUGCAGAGGCCGAGCUGGAAAAGGACCUGGAGAGAACGUUCAAGAUUUUCUUUUACAGCAGCGGAGACGUGAACAGUCCGGCCAUAAGCACGGCAGGCGUCUGUGCUCGAGGAGGUCUGUUUGUGGGUCUGCCCGAGCAGAUUCCCAGGAGCUCCAUGCUGACGGAGGCCGACCUGCAGUACUACGUCAGCCAGUACAAAGAGAACGGCUUCAGGAGGCCGCUGAACUGGUAUCGUAACGGUCACGUGACCUGGAGGUGGAUGUGUUCUCAACCCACUGGAAAGCUGCUGAUGCCGGCGCUGAUGGUGACAGCAGGUAAAGACCCCGUCCUGCUGCCAGCCUUAUCCAAAGGAAUGGAGGACUUGAUUGUGAACCUGAGCAGAGGGCACAUCGAGGAGUGUGGACACUGGAUUCAGAUGGAGAGGCCGGCGGAGACAAACAACAUCCUGAUAUCAUGGCUUAAAGAAACACACAGGAAGGCUGGAGGUGUGGCACCCAAACUGUGAGGAGGGAAGGAAGGAAAGAAGAUUAAACUGGGAUGAUGUGACAAUA